AUGGAAAUGAUGAAUCAGUCAGCCAUUCAAGAGUUUAUUUUGGUUGGCUUAUCCAGCUCCCCUGAACAUCAGGAAAUCAUCUUUUGGGGAUUCACUUUAAUCUAUGCAGCAGCUUUGUCUACCAACUUCCUCUUCAUCUUCACUAUAAGCACUUCCAAGAAGCUCCACACCCCAAUGUACUUCUUUCUCAUCAAUUUGUCCAUAGUAAACAUGUUCUGUAUCUCAGUGACAAUUCCCAAGAUGCUCCAGGCAACUUUGGCCCCCAGGAAGACCAUCUCCUUUUCUGGCUGCAUGGCCCAGGUCUACUUUUUCUUAUGGGCUUUGGGGACAGAGCUCUUGCUCCUGUCCUUCAUGGCCUUUGAUCGCUAUGCAGCCAUCUGCCGCCCUUUGGAGUACGUGGUCAUCAUGAGGAGGGAAGUGUACAUUGGGAUGAUGGCUGGAGCGUGGGUGGCUGGAGUGGUUGUUUCUGCCAUUAACACUGGGCUUGUGCUGCGCCUUUCCUUCUGCGGCUCCAAUGUCAUCAACCACUUCUUCUGCAACCUGCCUCCUUUGCUGGCUCUCUCUUGCUCAGACAUCAGCCUCAACGAAAUCACGGCUUAUGUUUCUGAUGCAAUCUUCUCCAUGGGUAGCUGUCUGCUGACAUUAACUUCAUAUUUAUUAAUUCUGGCAACCAUCUUUAGAAUUCGAUCUACCGAAGGGAAGAAGAAAGCCUUCUCUACUUGCUCUUCCCACUUCCUAGUGGUCAGCUUUUACUUUUCAACCAUCAUCUACACAUAUAUCAGGCCCACCUCAGCCUCCUCCCAAGAAGAAGACAAGGUGGUCGCUAUCCUUUAUUCAGUAGUGACCCCUGUGCUCAAUCCCAUCAUAUAUUCUCUGAGGAAUAAAGAAAUUAAAGAGGCACUGAAGAAGCUCAUGGGCAGAUCCCAGCUGAGGGUCAGUGCAGGAUAG